AAGCCAAACCACCACAAGAGGGAGACUGUUAGUAGUGUCACUUUACAUAAUAAUAAUAAUAAUUUUUAAUUCGUUAUUAUGCUAGGCCCUGUAAGGCGGUAAGGUUGGAUAGAAAAAUGCCGAAAAACGGAUUCCUAACACCAAAGGCAAUUGCAAAUCGUAUCAAAGCAAAGGGACUGCAAAAGUUGAGAUGGUAUUGCCAAAUGUGUCAGAAACAGUGUAGAGAUGAGAAUGGGUUUAAAUGUCACACGAUGUCAGAGUCUCAUCAGAGACAGCUGCUGCUCUUUGCUGAAAACCCAGAUAAGUAUCUGGAUUAUUUCUCAGAGGAGUUUUUGGAUGGUUUUAUGGAGCUAUUGAAGAGGCGGUUUGGGACAAGACGUAUCCAUUCAAAUGUUAUAUACAAUGAAUACAUCCAAGACAGAGAUCACAUACAUAUGACAUCUACGCAGUGGGAAACACUAACCGACUUUGUAAAGUGGCUUGGAAGGGAAGGUUAUGUAACUGUUGAUCACACAGAGAAGGGUUGGUUUAUUACCUACAUUGACCGUGAUCCGGAAGUUCUUGCCCGACAGAAACUGUUGGAGAAGAGGGAGAAAAUUGAAGAAGAUGAUGAAGAAAGAAUGCAAAAGUUUAUUCAGAAACAGAUUGAGAAAGCCUCUGAAACGGAAAAGAAUAAAAAUGAGACAGUUUAUACAGAGCUCAAGCGUGAUGAUGAAGAUGACAAAAUCACUUUCAACUUAGGAGCAAAGUCAAGUAAAGAUGAAGGUUUAAAGCCAGGAACAUCUGGAGAAGUAAAGAAAGAGAAGGCUGUCACUAAUGCUUUGAAAGCUGCAGAGUCAGCAUUGUCAAGUAAAAAGAAUGAGAAGGAUGAUCGCAAAAGAAAGAAAUCAGCCUUAGAGGAAAUAAAAGAGAUGGAAGAAAAGAAAAAGAAGACAGAGAACCCAAAGAAAGAUUAUUGGCUGGCCAAGGGAAUUGUAGUAAAAGUUAUCACCAAACGAUUAGGGGAGAAAUAUUAUAAAAAGAAAGGAGUUAUAAAAGAAGUUCGUGAUUUGUACACUGGGUUGGUAAAGAUGACAGAUUCAGGAACGACGAUUAAAGUUGACCAAAUGCAUGUAGAGACUGUCAUCCCUGCUGAAGGAAAACAAGUUCUUGUACUGAAUGGAAUUCAUCGAGGAUGCCAAGCUACUCUUCUCUCGUUGGACAGUGAAAAAUUCUGUGUCAGCAUCAGAUUAGAAUCGGGUUCAAUGAAAGGAAGAGUAGUGAAUGGAGUGCAAUAUGAAGACAUUAGUAAACUUGCACAAUGAUGGAAUUAAUGCUCGUGCUCGAUCCAUCCUCAAGAUUGGACUCCUGCCUAUCUGUGGUCACCAGUUGUUUGAAGCAGCUUAUAAAGUGCCCUCUCCUGACGGCUCCAACUCUGUUGGGCGUCAAAUAUUUAAUAACACGAAAGAGGAUACCAGUGUUGUAGCUCAGUUGGUUGAGCAACAGAAUAUUGAUCUUGACCUCGAAAUUCUACUGAGACUAUUUUAUGUACAGUAAC